AUUACUAGAAUGUAACUCGUUGUUAUCAUAGCCAUAAUGCGUGUAAACUAUAAAAACAAAGGGCUGGGCGCCACUAUUAGCCUGGCACUGUCAAAAUAUUGUCAGUUUGACAAGGAUACUCACAACUUUUAUGUAAAUAAAAACAAAAUAGAUUUUAUGCUUUCUAAUAUUAUUUUUCUACAAGAUAAUAAAAGAACUUGGGUAAAUUAAGUCUUGUAACUGUUAACAAGCCCAGCUAAGUUAAGUUCAAAGGAUUGCAAUUGUGUAUAAACAAUGAAUAACUUUCAAAAAGAAUUCAUGAUGAGUAUGUUCUUAGAUAAUGACAAUGUCUGUACAAUAAAUCGAUUAGUGGUUGCAGUAGCUAACAUAGUUAACGAAAACAAUGAGAAUAUUAAUACGUUUUAUAAGUCACUACCGAAAGAGUUUCAUCAAACGUCUCAGACAGGAGACAAUCGAUGCUCUCUAACGCCUAUUACUCGCCGAAUUAAAGGAUUCUAUGAGAAUACAGUUCGUAACUAUACUGAUGAAGAUUACAUAGUAAAGUUUAAAAUGAGAAAAAGCACUGUUCAGGCUCUGAUAAAAUUCUUGAAGAACUAUGUGAAACCUGGUAUCAUAUCCCUUGAUAAGAAAGUUCAUGUAUUUCUUUGGCUACUGGUGAGUGACUGCUCCUAUAAUGACGUAGGUAACUUGUUUGGUAUGCACAAAUCCUCUGUAAGCUAUAUAUUUCAUGAAAUUGCAACUCAUCUCAAAGAACAGAGAUAUAAUUUUGUAACAUGGCCUUCAGUAGAGGAACAGCAUAUAACAAGAAUAAAAGUAAACAGUAGAUUUAAAUUCCCCAACUGUGUAGGAUUUAUUGAUGCUUGCCGUUUCAAAGUGGGUUCGAAAAGAAAUAAAAAAGAUAAACCAGACAUUGUUCUGUUGCAAGCGGUCUGUGAUGAGUCUCUUAUGUUUAUUGAUAUUCAUGUUAGUGAAGUUGGAAAGACCAAGAAAAACAGAGUGUUUAAGGAAAGUCCUUUAGCACAAGAGUUAAAGAACUUUGUGGAGUUUGAGAAUCAUAUUUUGGGUGAUUCUGACUAUAAGUUGAGAAAAAACCUUAUCACCCCAUUCACCAGUGAAGAAUUACUGACAAGCGAGGAGAUGAAGUUUAAUGAAAUUCAUUGGAAGACUAGGAGCUACAUCGGUCAUGCCUUUGAAAUAAUGAAGGAAAGGUUUCGGAAGUUAAAUCAUAUUGAUAUAGUGAAGCCUGAAUCUGUCCAGUUAAUUAUAUAUAGUGCAUGUAUCCUGCACAAUUUUAUAUUGAUGCAUGAAGGGUGUUCAGAAGUUAAGGAGGAGGCUGUAACUUGUGAAGAUCCUGUGACAAUCAAUACUAGUAUUGUUCAAAAUGCCAUUGAGAAAAGACAGUUUUUAUGUAAUUAUAUUAAUUAUAUUGAUAAAGAAGAUCCAUAAUGAAGUUUGUGUAAGU